AUAAUAAUCGAAAGUUUGUGAGACGUGUCUUUACUAAAAAUCUUUUCCUUAAUUGUACCGGACAUUCGGAAAAUAUGCACUCGAUUUUGCAACGAGGAAAUUCCAUAUUAGCUUACGCUCUGAGCGUUUUAGCUUGUUUAACUUUCAUAUGUUUCGCUUCGACCGUUCUCCUCAACUAUGUUACAGAUGCUAAGAUGAAUACUGUAAAAGUUGUUGUGAAAAACGUGCCGGAUUACAGCGCAAGCAGAGAAAGGAACGACUUGGGUUUCCUCACUUUCGAUUUGACCACUAACCUGACUGGUUUGUUCAACUGGAACGUUAAGCAGCUCUUCUUGUACCUGACAGCCGAAUAUAAGACAGAAAAUAACGAAUUAAACCAGGUUGUUCUUUGGGAUAAGAUUAUCCUUCGAGGCGAAAAUGCUGUGCUUGAUUUCAAAAAUAUGAAUACCAAAUACUAUUUCUGGGAUGAUGGUAACGGUUUAAUAGCUAAUAAGAACAUAACUCUAACUCUCUCCUACAAUAUUAUACCAAAUGCAGGAUUGCUGCCAAAUAUUUUCGCGAAGGGAAGACAUUCUUUCAAGUUUCCAAUGGAAUACACCACUACUAGGAUGUAAUUU